AUGAUUUCCUCUACGCCCGACGAGAUCUCUAACGCAUACGCUCGUAUACAGAGCACCUUUACGUCCGGCAAGACCCGACCACUUGCAUGGCGCCGUCAGCAACUCGUCCAAAUCGGUAAACUCGUCCAGGAGAACGAGGAAAUGCUUCUCUCGGCCAUAUCCGUCGACCUCGGAAAGCCACGUGUGGAGGUUAUGGUCGCCGAUAUGGGUCCCGUCGUCUCUUUCGUAGUCGAGGCACUCGAGAAGCUCGAGGAGUGGGCGGCGCCGGAGAGCGUCGACGAUGUACCGGCAUGGCAGGCUAGCUGGGCUCCGAGAGGAGAGCGAAGGAGGCGGAGGAGGUGGAUACGACGAUCGAGGGGCUCCUGA